AUGAAUGUAAAUCCAAUAAAAUAUACUGGCAUUUCAUCAGGUUUGUGUACUCUCUGGAAAGAAGAAGGCCCUUAUGCUCUUUGGAGAGGUUGGUCCAGCAAAUUAUUUGGAUACGGUGUUCAAGGCGGAUGCAAAUUUGGUCUAUAUGAAUACUUUAAGAAGAUUUACGCUGAUUUGUUGGUAGAUCAAAACAGGAGUAUUAUAUUUUCCCUCAGCAGUGCUUCUGCUCAAGUAUUUGCUGAUGUGGCUCUGUGUCCAUUUGAAGCUGUCAAAGUUCGUGUUCAAACUCAGCCUAAUUUUGCGAAGGGCUUGCUCGAUGGGCUUCCAAAAUUAUAUGCUACUGAAGGGCUUCAUGGGUAA